CGCAGGUUGUAGUCUUUGGUUCCAUUUGGCACACUUUCUUUAGCCACAGCCAAAAUUGGUAAAACAAAAAACAAAAAAACUUCCGCAGCCGCCUGGCUGUGCGCAACUUUCCGGGCUGUGCCGAACUGGCGAGCCAUGGACGUGAAGUUGCCGGAGACCCCCCGGGCGUGGCCAAAAGAAGGCCCCCGCCGGUUCUUGCAAGACACCGCUUUGAGGUUGGGGGAGGAUGCUCGAAGAGAAUUUGACGGCUCCUGCAUGUCGACGCCCUCUACGGCUCUGCCGAAGAGCCGAGGGCCCUCCACCAUGCAGCAGCGGGAUGAUGAAAAGCUGAUGCGGAAUAGCUUUUUGGCGGAGGCUUCUGAUUGUAUUCGCUCUUUGCAGUCUGUGUUCGACAGCGCGAAUGCCUCGACCUUCGUGUCCCGCUUUGAGGAUUGGCGGAAGAUCGACCUGAGGGCCACAGCACAGCUCCAGGAGCAUGUGAAGUGCCUGCAGGUGCUCAACGAGUCCAUGGCCGGGUUUCUGCGAAAGUCCGCGGUCGACGACUUCCAGGAGUUCCACGGCUCCAUGGUGAGCUUGUCCCAGUCCGUCCGCGAGAUGCAGGACUUCCGCAGGGCCUUCGCAGAGACCGUGGACCAGAUCUCCGAGGGCAUCUCUGCGCGGGUUCUGAGCUCGCUGCGAGCGGAGGCGGACGAGCGUUUCGCGUGGCUGAGCUGCCAAAUGGAGAAGCAGGGGGAGGUGCACGAAAGCAUUCAGAUCACCCAGCGGAAGAUCUGGAACCGCCUGGAAUCCAUGGGCGCGACCAUGGAGAAGGAGCACAAGGCCGCGGCCCUUCAGAAGCAGCAGAUGGGGCAGCUGAGCGAGACCCAGCUGCGCAUCCAGCAGGAUUGCCAGAGCCUGCUGGAGCUCCAGCACGGGGUCUUCCAGAGCUUCCGCAGCUCCUCCGAGAAGCAGGGCGCUGAGAAGGAGAACAUCUUCAGCAGCAUCGGGAGCGAGAUCCAGGACCUGCGGGGCUUCGUGGCGCAGACGCUGGGCGAGGUGGGCGAGGGCGGCUUCUCUGCGGAGCUGCGGGGCUUGGAGCAGCGCCUCGAGACCUGGGAGGCCGAAAGCCUCAAGAGCGUGGCGGAGCUCAGGGACGAGCUUACGAGGACGGAGCUGGCGUGCACGGACCGGGACCGCCAGGUCCAGGAGCUGCAGCGCUUGCACGAGGACCAGAAGCAGAGGGCGGAGGCCGUGGAGAACCGGCUGGAGACCACCCAGGCGGACCUGGACGCGCAGUUAGCGGCGCUGCGCGAUGCCCACAGGGCGUCCAUGGUGAACAGCCUGAAGCGGUUGCGGGACAUCGAGAGCCGCGGCAACAUAAAGGUGGACCGGCAGUUCGGGCGCGUUGCGCUGGCGCGGGCCUUGGAGUUCGUGCCCGCGGCGCCGCCCAAGGAGAAGGGCGCGGUGGGCGGCCCCGCCUCCUUCGGCGACGCCUUCGAGGCGGAGAAGGUGCUGGAGGACUUCCUGGAGGUGGUGGCCAUGUUCGACGCGCCCGUGCAAGUGGGCGUCGGCUGCAAGGCGAGCAAGAGCGACGCCGCCGCCUGGCAGGACCUGGCCGUGAAACGCGCGGCUCUGAUCCGGGACUACCUGGUGAGCCACGGGCGCCCGGAGGACUCCGUGACCGUCCUGGGCACUGCGCAGCCGGAGGUCUUCCUGCAGCUCCAGGAGCCCAACCUCUUCCCCCCCAAGGCGGUGAAGGGCAAGGGCAAGGGCCGGUCCGCCUCUCCUAAGAGGUAGCCGAUGCAGUGAUUUCUU